AUGGAGUUUGGAGAUGAUAGGAACCUUUACCUGAGAGAUACAUGGAGAGAUGCAAACAUGAUCUGCGGUGUCGUGCCCAUUAACCCGAGCUCGAACGGGCUGUGGCCUUCCCAGAAGCUACCUGAUCCUAUCGCCAACAUUGAGUUCUGGAAUUACAUGUUUCCACAUGUUGAGAUUAUUUUCCUCAUUGUCACCGUUCUCUGGCAGUUCUUCCAUUUCUUCCUCAAACCUCUCGGCAUGACUCGUUUCACCUCCCAUAUGAUUACUGGGAUUCUCCUAAGCAAGUCAUUUCUGAAGGAGAACACACCAGCUAGGAACUUCUUCUCGUCAGAAGACAACAAAGAGACUCUGUUUGGUCUAGUUGGUGCAUGUUCCUACAUGAUGUUUUGGUUCUUGAUGGGAGUCAAAAUGGACUUGGGUCUGAUCCGCAGCACAGGGAGAAAAGCCAUAGCGAUCGGUCUUUCUUCUGUAUUACUCUCGAUAAUGGUUUGUGCCUUUAUCUUCUUCUUCAUCCUAAGAGAUUUAGGGACGAAAAAAGGAGAACCAAUUAUGGAUCCCUUUGAAAUCAUCUUGAUCUAUUUGAUCCAAUGCCUUUCGUCGUUUCCUGUCAUUGGAAACCUUCUUUUCGAGCUUAAGCUCCAGAAUUCAGAGCUUGGCCGUCUCGCUAUGUCUUCCGCAGUGAUCAGUGACUUCAGCACUUCGAUUCUCUCCUCGGUUCUAGUCUUUUUAAAGGCACUCAAGGACGAGAGAACUCGUCUUGGAUCAGUUUUUAUUGGAGAUGUUAUCGUUGGAAACCGUCCUAUGAAGCGUGCAGGCACAGUGAUGUUCUUCGUCUUGUUUGUCAUAUACAUUUUCAGGCCAUUAAUGUUCUUCAUCGUCAAGAGAACGCCUUCUGGUCGUCCCGUUAAUAAAUUCUAUAUAUACGCAAUCAUCAUUCUUGUCUUUGGAUCAGCCAUUCUUGCUGACUGGUGCCAACAAAAUAUAUUCAUAGGACCUUUCAUAUUAGGUUUAGCUGUUCCCCACGGUCCACCUUUGGGUUCUGCAGUCGUUCAGAAGUUUGAGUCUGUGGUUUUCGGCACAUUACUUCCAUUCUUUGUAGCUACCUCAGCCGAAGAGCUUGAUACUUCCAUCUUAAAGUCUUGGAUAGAUCUCAAGAGUAUCUCCAUCAUCGUGUCUAUAUCGUUUGUUGUCAAAUUUGCUCUCACGACUAUCCCUGCCUUUUUAUACGGUAUGCCAAUAAAUGACUGUAUUGCUUUGUCUCUUAUUAUGUCAUUCAAAGGCAUUUUCGAGUUUGGCGGUUACGGUUACGGGUAUCAAAGAGGGACUAUUCGACCGGUGACCUUUACGGUUUUAUCUCUUUACAUAUUGGUGAACUCUGCAAUCAUACCUCCGAUAUUGAGACGCAUUUACGAUCCUUCGAGGAUGUACGCAGGAUACGAGAAGCGGAACAUGCUUCACAUGAAACCAAACUCCGAGCUUAGGAUUCUAUCGUGUAUCUAUAGAACAGACGAUAUACGUCCCAUGAUUAAUCUCCUUGAAGCUACUUGUCCCUCAAGAGAAAACCCUGUAGCUACGUACGUCCUUCACUUGAUGGAGCUAGUGGGACAAGCUAGUCCAGUCCUCAUCUCUCACCGUUUGCAAACACGUAAAAGCGAGAACACGUCUUACAAUUCUGAAAACGUAGUUCUCUCAUUCGAACAGUUCCACAAAGAUUAUUUCGGUUCUGUUUUCGUUAGCACGUACACGGCUUUAUCGAUACCGAAGAUGAUGCAUGGAGACAUUUGUAUGCUGGCUCUCAACAACACAACGUCUCUUAUCAUCCUUCCUUUUCACCAGACUUGGUCCGCUGAUGGAUCAGCCAUUGUUUCAGACAGCAAGAUGAUACGGAAACUGAACAAGAGUGUCAUCGACCUGUCUCCUUGCUCUGUCGGAAUCUUUGUUUACCGAAGCAAUAUUGGCCGAAGAACAAUCAAAGAGACAGCUAUAAACUUCUCAUCUUACCAAGUAUGUAUGCUCUUCCUUGGAGGUAAAGACGAUAGAGAAGCUUUAACACUCGCUAGGAGAAUGGCUCGUGACCCACGAAUCAACGUCACAGUGGUUUCCCUCGUCUCUUCCGAACAGAAUUCCAAACAAAUAACCGAUUGGGACCGAAUGCUCGAUUUAGAACUACUCAGAGAUGCGAAGAGCAGCGUUGUAGCCGGUGGCCACAUUGCCUUCUCCGAGGAAGUAGUGAAUGACGCGUCUCAGACAUCGGAAUUGUUGAAAUCAAUUGCAAAUGAGUAUGAAUUGUUCAUCGUUGGAAGAGAAAAAGGAAGGAAGAGUGUUUUCACGGAAGGGCUUGAGGAAUGGAGUGAGCUCGAGGAGCUUGGCAUCAUUGGAGAUCUCUUGACUUCACAAGAUCUUAAUUGCCAAGCUUCUGUGUUGGUGAUACAGCAGCAACAACAGAUGAUUUAG